GGUUAACCCAUGACCUGUGCUUUCCUCUCCAGUACCGAACUAAGCGCUACUCCGUAAUUCUUCCCUGCCUGUAUAACUAAGCCUCAUUACUACUCUCCGCCAUUGAUUGUUAGUCCUUCCUACCUUCUAUUUCUGCACCGCUACCUCUCUCCCUCUGAGCUUGCUUUCCUUUUAUUCUAUUUCUGCCCCAUUGUCCUGAGACAUUUAUAUCAAGGUUCGCACCCCAAUCUCCUCUCCACAACACAGUUUCUUUCUCUUCGAAACUCUCUCACAGUUACCAGUGUCGGCAACAAUUGAUUCAGGUUUUAAUAGUCUGCUUAGGAUUUUGAAUAUCUCAAACAUGGCCACUCCCACUCUAGUUUUCACAAGCUCCGACGGCACUGACAUCACUGUCGACCGUGAUGUCGCCGAACGCUCGGUGCUCAUCAAGAACAUGCUCGAAGACUUGGGUGAAACUGGAGAGCCCAUCCCCAUCCCCAACGUCAACGAAGCCGUUUUGAAGAAGGUCAUUGAAUGGUGCACCCAUCAUAAGAACGACCCUCCCAGCACCGGCGAUGACGAUGACUCCCGCCGUAAGACCACGGACAUUGACGAGUGGGAUCAGAAGUUCAUGCAGGUUGACCAGGAAAUGCUUUUUGAAAUAAUUUUGGCCGCCAACUACCUUGACAUCAAGGGACUACUUGAUGUCGGCUGCAAGACCGUUGCGAAUAUGAUCAAGGGCAAGUCUCCUGAGGAGAUUCGAAAGACCUUCAAUAUUCAGAACGAUUUUACACCCGAGGAGGAAGAUCAGAUUCGUCGCGAGAAUGAAUGGGCUGAGGACCGUUAAAUACGCCGCUGGCCGAUGUUAGCCUUGCCUUACUCUUGGAAUCCUACCCAAGUUUCAUGAUCUGUUCCAGGAGGCUAGCAGCUCUCCA